UUGAAUCUGCCGAAGCCGUAGUGGGCGUUGAGUGCAAGCAGUUUGAACCGUAGCGGUGCCGAGGCGGAAACAUUGGAUUUGGACGAGUUGUUUUUAGCCAGAGUGACAUUAAACACCGUGAUUCACAUCCACAAACUCUGUCUUUUACAUAGCCGUGUUCAAAGUAAAAGGAACGGCGUGUUUUUUUGGUCUGUUUGCCGACUCUCGCAACGUAAAGCCGGCAAAGUGAGUCCCUCCUCUUCCGAAGCUAACCGCUAGUUAGCCGCCGAGCUAGCGUUCCAGCUAGCCGAAAACACGGAGCUAGCUAACGGUAAUCCCCCGACACAAAGGACGAUUUCAACCGGUGUUUUAAUCGCAUCGAUCCCGCAUAACCCCGGUGAAUGAGCACUGAGCCUCCUGUGCAGGUUGAUCAUGGUGCUGACGGGGAAGCGCUCGGAGAAGGGUCCCGCCCGCUGGAAGAGACGGGUCAAGUCUGAGUACAUGAGGCUUCGGCAGCUCAAACGCUUCAGACGGGCCGACGAGGUCAAGAGCAUGUUCAACACCAACCGUCAGAAAAUCAUGGAUCGCACGGACAUCUUGAACCAGGAGUGGAAGACCAGGAGAAUCCAGCCGGUCCACAUCAUGGCGUCUGUCGGCUCUCUACGAGGAACCCGAGAGUGCACGGUGGACAGCGGCUUCUCGGAGUACCCCCGGCAGGUCAUUCCCCUGAAGACCCUGAACGCCGUGGCCUCGGUCCCGGUCAUGUACUCCUGGUCUCCACUGCAGCAGAACUUCAUGGUGGAGGAUGAGACGGUGCUCCAUAACAUCCCCUACAUGGGUGAUGAGAUCUUGGACCAGGAUGGUACUUUCAUAGAAGAACUCAUCAAGAACUACGAUGGCAAAGUCCACGGAGACAGAGAGUGCGGCUUCAUCAACGAUGAGAUCUUCGUGGAGCUGGUCAGCGCUCUGUCGCAGUACAGCGACAACGAGGACGACGAGGAGGAGGAAGAGCACGACUUCAAGGUGGAAAAGAUGGAGAUGUGUGACGGCAAGGAGCAUCCAGAGGACCCGCGCAAGGAUGGGCUCGUUAACAAUGAGAGCCGAACAAGCAGUGACGGCACCAAGAAGUUUCCCUCUGACAAGAUUUUUGAAGCCAUCUCGUCCAUGUUCCCUGACAAGGGCUCCACUGAGGAGCUCAAAGAGAAGUACAAGGAGCUGACGGAGCAGCAGCUGCCGGGCGCGCUGCCCCCCGAGUGCACGCCCAACAUCGACGGUCCCAACGCUCGCUCCGUGCAGCGCGAGCAGAGCCUGCACUCCUUCCACACGCUGUUCUGCAGACGCUGCUUCAAAUACGACUGCUUCCUGCACCGUUAGUACUCACUCACACACUCACUCACACACACACACACAC